AUGAAGGAAAAACCGUGGCAAAUCCCAUCUCCCUCCAUUCUCUUCCCUCUUGCCACCAUCACCACUCUGUUGAUGUCAACAGAAACAAUGGUAGAAGCCGACCCAAGAGCCCAAAAGGUCCAAAUGACCUGCAGGCACCAAAGAGAGCACAACCCCAAUGUCUUUGUCCCAAGCUUCGUAGCCACGAUGGAAAGCAUCAGCCAACAAUUGCAAACUUCCAGCUUCGGAGUCGCAGUCAAUGGCUCCGGUAUGGACACUGCCUAUAGCCUCGUCCAAUGCUAUGGAGAUCUCCCUUUAGUGGAUUGCACUUUGUGCUACACUCGGGGACGCAUACUUCUUCCCAAAUGCUUCCCUUUCACUGGGGGUUAUAUCUUCCUCGACGGAUGCUUCAUGCGGUCUGAAAAUUACAGCUUCUUUGAAGAGUUCAACGGAGGAGGGGACAAGGCAGUGUGUGGCGGCAACACCCAGAUGAGCCCUGCACUCCGGGAUGCAACGGUGGUGGCUGUGCACCAUGCAGUUGCAGCUGCGCCAGAGAAUAAUGGGUACUUGGCAGCGGCACCAGCAGAGGGGAAUGAAUCUCCAUAUGUUCUGGUGCAGUGUUAG